CCCGAAGAAACCAACCCGAUCUCACCGACGAGGAGGAGGGGGUUACGCUGACUUCGCCUAAUCGCUCUCCACCGCCCGAUGCCGACCGCCGCCGGCUCCCCUUCCUCCUCCACCACCAUCACGACCACUUCUACAGCCGUGGAUGUCACGGAGAACCCCGUGUCGAACCGUAACGAGGGUGGCGGCGGCGCCCCCGCAGCGAGUGCGACGCAGUCGUGGUGGGAGUCUAUCUCCCGAGCUCGCUCCCGGAUCCUGUCCCUGGCCUCCGUGCUGUCCUCGCCGGACCUUGCCUCGCUGGCGGAUUCCGACCGCCCCGCCCGCUCCCUCCUUGACUCCCCCUUAGCCUACGCCGCGCUCUCCGCCGCCUUCUCCGCCCCCUCCUCUGGAUCCGGCGAUGACCCCCUCUGCCACUGGCUCUAUGACACGUUCCAGUCAUCCGACUCCGACCUCCGCCUAGUUGCCCUCUCCUUCCUCCCCCUCCUCGCUGGCCAUUAUCUCUCCCGCGUCGUCUCAUCCUCCUCCUCAUCCUCCGCCGCCAACCCGCCCUCUCUCGCCGGGUUUGAGGCCGUCCUCCUUGCCCUAUACGCCGCCGAGGUCAAAGCCCGAGCUGGAAAGCCCGUCCUUGUCUCCGUUCCCGACCUCUCCCUCCCCUCACUCUACCACACCCCCCGCCCCUCUGCCCCCUCCCGCCAGCCCCCAUCUGCCGCCACUGCGCCUCCGCCUCGACCCUCCGUCGGCAUUCUCUCCCCCCCUCUCGAGCCCCAAAUCGCCGUCAAGUCCACGAAGCGUGCUUGCAUCGUCGCCGUGGCGCUUGAUUCUUACUACAAGAAUAUCUCCUUCAUGCCCAGUCGCUCAAAAAUAGAUCUUUGCGAGUUCGUCGCCGCCUGGGCUGGCCAGGAUUGCCCCUGCCGCUUCGAGUUCGAUGAUGAUGACCUGAAUCGAUCCUCACUCUGCUCCUCGUCCCCGUCCUCGUCCUCCUCGUCGCCCCAGGUUAGGAUAUUUUUCGAGGACAACGGAGGAAUUGGAGGCGCUGCCGAGGAGAUGAGGAAAUUAGCAAUCCAGGAGGGUCCUAAUGGCAAUCACUGUGAUGGGGAGGACGAAGGAGGUGGCGCCUCGAGGAGGGGGUCGAGGGUUCCUCUCCCUUGGGAGCUUUUGCAGCCGGUGCUUAGGAUUUUAGGGCACUGUCUUCUAGCACCUCUGAAUCCCCAAGAGGUGAGGGAUUCGGCGUCUAUGGCAGUGCGUUGUGUCUAUGCUCGAGCUUCGCAUGAUCUGCUGCCACAGGCCAUCCUGGCUUCCCGUAGCUUGAUUCAGCUGGAUAAGAGUGCGAGGAAGGCAGCAAAACCUGAAAUUGCCCCAAGCAAUUCAUCAAAACCUAACACUCCAAGCAAGCCGAAGAAACCAGAAGUUCUCUUGGUCUCAAAAUGAUCUUUUGUUAAUAUUCACCAUUCAAGGUUGAUGGAGGCUAUUCAGAAGGCACAAAUUUGCUACCUGAUGCUUUUCCUCCUCAUGUUCUUGUGCAGGUGUUAUCACUUGUCUACUUGAAUCACUGUUUCUUGUCAGAAUAAUCGGGUGUUCAUCAAUUGUCAGAAUUCGAGCUCUUAUUUUGCUUGGAUUCCGUUGGUUGGAGAUCAUAUUGGCUGAAACUUUUUGAUGGUCUAUUCAAAACAGUCUGUGCCAACAAUUCAUGCCAUUUUGAUGAGAAAGUGUUUGCCAUUGCUCACCCAAAAGAAACAAGACUAAGAGAUGCGUUAUAAUUUUGAGAACAUAACCCUUCUUUUAUUUAGUAUUUGGAAGUCGAGGGGGAUUUUUUAUUAGUAUGGAAGAUGUUACUAAGUAUUAAUUUAUUUGUAUUUGAUGAUAAUAUAUAUAUAUAUAUAUAUUUGGUUUCAUAUGAAA